UAAGAAAAAAAGUAAAAGUUUCGAGUGUCAAUAGGAUUGCAUCAUUCACUCUACCGGUUAGAGACAUUCACUCUACGAGGCGGAUACUAAUCUUGUUCCCCAAAAUCUCUACUUUUUUGUUUGAAUCAUUACGUUGCCUUCAUAACGCCGUCAAUCGAAAGAGAAAAAAGAAGCGAAUCCAAGACGCGGUCGUUAUAAAACGCAAUUUCCAUCGCGUUUUGAAUCUUCUCAACUUCCGAUGGUGACACUCGCUUUCACGAAACAGUAAACAAAUCAAACCCAGACGUGAAAUCAAAAUUCACUUUCCUUGUGUCGCGGUGGUCCGAUGGCUUUAACGUCGGAAAAAUCCGAUUCCGAUGGCCGACGUCGAAGCUUAUUCAAACUACCCUUUCGAAACUCCAGUGAUCAUCAAGCUACCUCUUCGUCUUCGUCUUCUCAUCUCAGUGACAAUUAUAUACAUCAAUCUCGCCAUUUUCGCUAUCAGGGACCACGUCCUGUCGUCGAACGAUUGGGUCAAACCCAUCACCAACAACCAGCCGCGACGAUCCCUUCGAUGUCAUCAGUCGCGAGAUCACUUCUUCCUUCUAAACGCCGGUUGAAACUCGACCCUUCCUCCAAACUUUACUUCCCUUAUGAGCCUGGGAAGCAAGUCAGGAGUGCCAUUAAGAUUAAGAAUACCAGCAAGUCACAUGUAGCUUUCAAGUUUCAAACAACGGAACCAAAGAGUUGCUUCAUGCGUCCUGCUGGUGCUAUCCUUCCUCCGGGUGAAGAAAUCCUCGCGACUGUUUUCAAGUUUGUUGAGCCUCCUCAGAAUAAUGAAAAGCCAAUGGAACAGAAGAGCGGGGUUAAGUUUAAAAUCAUGAGCUUGAAGAUAAAAAUCCCCACGGACUAUAUGCCCGAGCUGUUUGAGGAGCAAAAAGAUCAUGUCUCUGAGGAGCAAGUAAUGCGUGUGGUAUUCUUGGAUCCUGAAAACCCUAACCCUAUGAUGGAGAAACUGAAGAGUCAAUUAGCUGAAGCGGAUGCUGCAGAUGAAGCAAGGAAGAAAGCACCAGAUGUUAUUAGUACUGGUCCGAAGCCAAUUGGCGAAGGACUUGUGAUUGAUGAAUGGAAGCAACGCCGAGAGAGGUAUCUUGCACAGCAACAAAAAGGAGUGGACUUGGCUUGAAACCAGAAGUAUCACAAAGACAAAAAAAAAAAGUGUGUGGAUAUAUGUAAUGUGUGAAGGGAAUGAAGAUUGCAUCUGUGGUCAAGUUUUAUCCAAAAAAAAAAAAUACUUGUUCCUUUGAUGUCUUAACUAAAGAUUUGUUCUCUAA